UGCAGCUUGGGUGCGUCUGCAAAGGUUGAGUGUUUUGAUAUUGCACCCAAAUAUUCUGAAUUUUGUAUUUUGGUCAAAACACGUCAGACACCACUCAAGACGCUACUUAUGCAUGAGUUACCAUCUUAGGAGCAACACAAAUGAUAAGCAGGAUGAACACGUGAAAAUCCCAAUUGAGAAUCUGAAAAUAACUUACAGUCGGAGCAGCGGACCAGGCGGUCAACACGUAAAUAAAGUUAGUACAAAAGCAGAGGUCAGGUUCCAUGUACAAACAGCAGACUGGAUAUCAGAAGAGGUCAAAAGUAAGAUUAUCUUAAAGAAUAAAAAUCGAAUCAAUAAAGCUGGGGAACUACUUGUGACUUCAGAGGUCAGCAGAAGCCAACAGAGGAACCUUGCGGACUGUUUGCAGAAAAUAAGUGAAAUGAUUAAAGAGGCCAGUUACAGGCCCCCAGAGCCAUCAGCAGAGGAUGUUGCCCUGAGAGCUCAAAGAUUAACGAAAAGGAACGAGACAAGAAUUAAACAGAAGAAGAUCCAUUCCACAAUAAAACAGUCCAGACGAGUUGAUUUUGACUAGAGAAUUAAACAUUUUUUGAUGAGUUCAUUGGUC